AUGAGUAAAAAAUCUAAAAAUUGUUCUCUAAGACGUUACAUAGUGCAAGGCAACUACACGAAGCUUACAUUGAUAGACAAUAAAGUCGUUAUAAUUACUGGCGCAAAUGCAGGAAUCGGAAAAGCAUGUGCAAUUGACUUGGCAAAGCGUGGUGGAAAAAUCUAUAUCGCAUGCAGAGACAAAACUCGUGGCGAAACUGCAUUGAAUGAUAUAAGAAAGGAAAGUGGAAGUGACAGAGUCUAUUUCUUACAGCUAGAUCUAGCAUCUUUGAAAUCAGUUCGCGAAUUUUCUGACAAAUUUCAUAAACUAGAGACUAAACUGGAUAUUUUGAUAAAUAAUGCAGGAUUACUUAUGAAUAAAAAGUCAUACACUGACAAUGGAUUUGAGAUGCAUAUGGGAGUCAAUCAUCUAGGACAUUUCCUUCUAACAAACUUAUUGCUUGAUUUAUUAAAAGCUGCAGCUCCAAGUAGAAUCGUUGUGGUAACGUCAGUCAUUUACAAAAUGCUUAAAUUUGAUAAGGAUGACUGGAUGUGUGAUCGAAAAUUUUCAUCCUUUAGAGGCUAUGGACUUAGUAAAAUAGCCAAUAUUCUCUUCACAACUGAACUGUCUAAGAAGCUUGAUGGAACAAAUGUCACAGUUAACUGCUGCCAUCCAGGUGCUGUUCAAACUGAUAUAAUACAGGGUUGGAACCUUCCAUUCAUGGGGUUAAUAAAAAGAAUUCUAGGUGGCUUUAUAAAAACUCCUGUAGAAGGAGCACAGACUCAAAUUAGACUGGCAGUUGAUCCUGAUUUGGAAACUGUAACUGGAAAAUAUUUUGCUGAUUGUAAGGAAGAAGAACUUACGAGUGAGGGCAAAAAUACUGAGAAUGCAAAAUGGCUGUGGGAUAAAAGUUCUGAAAAUUUAUUUGCACGAAGACGUUAUGCAAGAGGGAAGCAAUACACCAAGAAUACAUCAAUUACAAAUAAGAUUGUAAUAAUUACUGGAGGGAAUACUGGAAUUGGCAAAGCAUGUGCAAUUGAUUUAGCAAAACGAGGUGGAAAGGUCUACAUUGCAUGCAGAGAUAAGAUACGUGGUGAAAAUGCUCAAACAGAUAUCAGAAAAGAGAGUGGAAGUGACAAAGUCUAUUUUCUUCAAUUGGACCUUGCAUCUUUAAAGUCGAUUCGUGAAUUUUCAAAGAAUUUUCAUAAGCUUGAAAGUAAACUUGACAUUUUGAUCAACAAUGCUGGAUUAUUUGCUCAUAAAAAAUCAUAUACUGAAAAUGGAUUUGAAAUGCACAUGGGCGUUAAUCAUCUUGGACAUUUCUUGUUGACAAAUUUAUUGCUGGAUUUAUUAAAGACUGCUGCACCAAGUAGGAUCGUUGUCGUUUCGUCGGGUAUUUAUGAGAUGUAUAAUUUUAAUAAAGAAGAUUUAAUGUUUGAUCGGAAUUACGCUGCAUACAAAGCAUAUGCAAUGAGCAAAAUAGCGAAUAUACUGUUUACUAAUGAACUAUCCAAAAGACUUCAAGGAACAAAAGUCACAGCUAAUUCAUGUCAUCCCGGAGUUGUUCGCACUGAAAUAUUGAAAAGUUGGAGUUUCUCUUUGAUGGAUAUUUUUACAAGUAUUGUAAUGAUAUUUGGAAAAACGCCAAUGGAAGGAGCACAAACUCAAAUUAGACUUGCAGUUGAUCCAGAAUUAGAAACUGUGACUGGCAAGUAUUUUAGUGAUUGUGAAGAAAAGAAGCUAUCUACAGCUGAUGCAAAGAAUCCUGAAAUUGCAAAAUGGCUGUGGGAAAAAAGUUCUAAGUUGGUGAAGCUUGAAUGA